AUGUCUUCCUCAACUCAACAACCUGACGUUCCUGCCGAGUCUGUACAUGCCAUCCAUUUCACUUUGCCUGAUUUCUGGCAACACGCUCCUGAACUUUAUUUUAUCCGCAUUGAGUCAGCCUUUUACUCCGCCAACAUUACGAAGGAGUUGUCGAAAUACCACAAACUUGUGGAGGUUCUCCCUGCCAAUAUUAUCUCACAAGUUCAACCCUUGUUAAUGAAACCCCCUGCAGACGCUCCCUAUUCUGCUCUGAAGGCGGAAAUCCUUCGUCUCAAUGCUAUAUCUGACCGACAACGCUACCACCAGUUGAUCAAGGAGGAAUCACUGGGUGACCGGAAGCCCUCAGAACUUCUCCGACGAAUGCGUACUCUCUUAGGAGACAUGCAGGUCGACGAAAAACUCAUUAAACAGAUGUUUCUAGAUCGGCUGCCUGCAGAUGUCCAAACGAUUUUGGCAUCCGGCUGGCAAGACCUUACACUUUCACAUCUUGCUGAAAGGGCAGACCGAAUGAUAGAGGUUCAACGAUUCCAGACACCUUCCGUUGCUCAGAUUUCCACAUCCUUUUCAACGGUUAACGAGCAGUUACUGCAACAGAUGUCGGCUAUGGCGAAUGAGAUAGCCUCCCUAAAACUACAGCUUGCUCGCAUUACCUGUAUUCGCUCACCCAGCCGUCAACGUUCACGUUCGCGACCUCGCACAGCCAAUUUUUAUUGGUAUCACGCAAACUUUGCCACCAAGGCUCGCAAAUAUUCUUCCCCUUGUUCAUUUAAACCGAAACAGGGAAACCAGCCAGCCAGAGAAUAGACGCGACCGUUUUCUCUGUCUCUCCCAGCUCUGGUCGCACCGUUUAUGUCCGCGACAAUGUGACUCGCAGGCGUUUCUUGGUGGACACCGGAGCCCAGAUCCGCGUGCUUCCCCCCACUCCAGUUGACCGCCGCUGUCCCAGCCCUGGUCUACAUCUCCAAGCUGCAAAAUGUUCCCCCAUUUCCACUAUUGGUAGUCGUUCCCUAACGCUAAACAUUGGUUUACGUCGAUCAUUCUCCUGGAUAUUUGUGAUUGCCGAUGUGCCUCAUGCGAUCCUUGGUUCCGACUUCCUAGCCGAGUUUGAUCUCCUUGUUGGCUGUCGGCGUUCCUGUCUCCUCGACCGCACAACUGGUCUUUCUGUCCGCGGUCUUACACCCUUUAAUGACUCCUGCAAUUUAUCUGUUCUGGACACAGAUAUUGCUUGCCCAUACCGAGACAUGCUCCUCCAACACUCCAACAUAAUCAAACCCCAGUUUCGCAGUGGUGAGAUCCAGCAUGACGUUGUCCACCACAUUCGCAUCUCUGGCCCCCCAGUAUUCGCACGGCCUAGACGACUGGCUCCGUCCCGUCUGCAAGCGGCAAAGGCCGAAUUUGAGCACAUGCUGCAACUGGGCAUAAUUCGGCCGUCCGAGAGUCCAUGGGCGUCCCCUCUGCAUAUGGUGCCCAAGGCGACAUCAGACGACUGGCGGCCCUGUGGUAACUAUCGCGCCCUCAACAGUGCGACCAUCCCGGAUCGUUAUCCCGUCCCUCGUCUUCAAGAUCUUGCUGGAGCUCUUUUCGGCAAAUCGGUUUUCUCGAAGAUCGACCUUGUUCGGGCCUUCCAUCAGAUUCCUGUUGCUCCUGAGGAUGUUCCCAAAACUGCCGUCACCACACCAUUCGGCCUGUUCGAAUUUAUUCGCAUGUCAUUUGGUCUUCGCAAUGCUGCCCAAACAUUUCAGAGGUUCAUUGGCCGAGUCCUACGUGGUCUCCCGUUUGUGUACGCCUACAUAGAUGACCUCCUGGUGGCCAGUCGAAAUGCCGAGGAACACAAAGAGCAUCUCGCCUUAGUGUUUGACCGCCGCGACCAGUUUGGCGUGGUCAUUAACCCUUCGAAGUGUGUUCUGGGUGUGCCGUCCCUUGAUUUUCUUGGUCACCAUGUCGAUGCACAAGGUUUGCGUCCCCUCUCUUCCAAGGUUGAGGCCAUUCGUGACUUUCCUCCACCAACCUCCAAGCGUCAGUUGCAACGUUUCCUUGGCAUGGUAAACUUUUAUCGCCGGUUCCUACCGAACUGUGCCGACCUUAUGCUGCCACUCACCAACUUGCUCUCUGGUCCCAAGGGUCCCCUUGAGUUACGUGGCCAGGUGCUGACUGCUUUUGAGAGAAAAAAGACCUCCCUUGCUGAUGCUACCUUGCACACUCAUCCUGCUCCAGAAGCCCCAUUGUCCCUGAUGGUUGAUGCUUCGACCGUUGCCGUAGGAGCAGUCCUCCAACAGCAUAUCAACGACUCGCCACGACCGUUGGCAUUCUUCUCCAAGAAGCUUUCACUUUCCGAGACGAGAUAG